AUGCCCAUUGACCAAGAGAAAUUAGCCAAGUUGCAGAAGGCAGGCCCAAGAAAGGUCGGCGGUGCCAGAGUCAAGGCCAAGAAGGUCAAGUCCGAGAGCGACGACGUCAAGUUGAUGGAGACCUUGGGCAAGUUCAAGGCCAUCAAGGUGGAGAAUGUCGAGGAGGCCAACUUCUUCAAGGACGACGGCAAGGUCUUGCACUUCCCCAGAGUCGGGGUGCAGGCUGCGUCUGCCUCCAACACCUUCGCUUUCUCCGGCUACCCACAAGAGAAGGACAUCACGCAGUUGAUCCCAAACAUCUUGCCUCACUUGGGUGCCGAGAACUUGGACGUCUUGAGAAACUUGGCCGAGCAGAUCCAGGCCGGCAAGGCGCCCACUGAGUUGAACGCGGGCGGUGCUGGCGAGGACGACAUCCCCGACUUGGUUGCUGGUGAGAAGUUCGACGAUGUCGAGUAG